AUGACCGGAAGCGAGCAGAACCACCUGAAAGGUCACGGCCCGCCGUUACUUCGCGCUGGCGGAUUCGCUCGAAAAGGCGUGUCUUGGUCGUCGGAUUUGUCCGCGAAACGGUAUCCUACGGUCAUCGCAAUUGCCAACACCGCCAAGGACGAGGGUCGUCGAUCGUGUGAUGUUAUUGUGCCAGAGGAAGGAUUCCUGGACGUCUGCGGUCUGCGGCCCAAGAAAAAGGGGAUAAAAAAGCCACGCGACAGCAUAGUAGAUGACGAGUUGUUCGCGGGACUCGAGGAUCAACCGAUGCAAUCCGGGAUCGACGUAUCCUGUCUUGAUGGCAAGCGGAUCCGCCUUGUCCUUCGAUAUUUCUUCGAUAGGGUUCCUGGUUCAAAGACAUCUCGCGUGGCUCGCCGCGCAUAUAUAAGUCAAAACCAGAUCGCGAGCAAGGUGCAUAGUCCGGACAGUCCUUCAGUCAGUAAGGAGGUCGGCAGAGGCACACCAAGCACUAUGCAGGCACUGUUUUCGCGCAUUUGCGGCGAGAAUAAGAAUCUCAUUCUUCUCUCGUAGAUUCCAGUUUUCGCGAUCCUCGGCGUGGCGACAAGCGCACAGCUGACCCUGCUGCCCUAUGCUUAUCUGGCGAAUCCGCUUCCGGUGUAUCAUCAGUCGCAGGACACGCGCAUCGGGGUGCACGCAUAUAGCUACGCCGGCGGCCCAUCCGCCAAGGAGGAAGUCCGGGGUCUCGACGGGGUCACGCGUGGCUCCUACAGCUACAUAGAUGCACAUGGUAUUUUGCAAUCCGUCUUCUACGUCGCCGACGAGGGCGGCUUCCGCGUCGCGGCGACGAAUCUGCCACUUGGGACAGGCGAGCAAGUCCUGUUAGCUAGGAAUGCCUUGCAGGAAGACGCGAAGGCCGCCGCCGCGGAGGAGGUAGAGCGCACGACGAGUCGUAGAAAGCGCAGUCUCGAGGCAUCGACCGAUAAUCAAGAUCGGACAGAGGAUCCGAGUUCCCAAGAAGAUCGGGUCUCGGCGAGCACUUCACCGAAGAAUUCCCAGGAGCUUCCAGCGCAGGAGGAAAAGACCGAGACAAAUCGGACGAAUCGCGACAUUACAGCAUCCGUCGUCGCGCCUGUUUACGGACUCUCGAACUCGAUUCUAGUCCCGAGAUUGAUCGGCGCGGCGACUUCCUCUCAGAGUCGCGUCGAUGUUCACAAUAACGUUCGUCUGGAGGCCGUUCAACCCGUUGAGACGAUCGGAGUCCUGUCGGCACCCGCUUACGAGACGGUAAUCCUUCCAAGUCAAGUGCCUCUGGCGAUCUCUCAUCAGAGUCGACUCCAGGUGCAUGACAAUCUUCGUGUCGAAAAACCAGAGAAGCUCGUUAAGGACGCGACUCAAUCAGAAACAUCGACGGUGCUCUCGACCGAUCUCGGACCGCUUCCGGUCCUGCCCGCUCUUCCCGAUUACAAUCAAAAUCGAAUCCAGCUUUAUAAGAAUAUCGGACUGGAAGGUUCGAAUAGCAAAAAUGCCAUCAAACUCGACGCGGUGCCGUUGGCGAUUGUCGAGACGCCGAUAAAGAGGCCGGUGUCCGUAAUUCCAACUAUCACCAAGGAAGUACCAGUUGUCACCGCCGUCUCUAGUCAGAGCAGGGCUCAGAUUCAUGACAACGCCAAGCUCGAAGUAACUGUUCCGAUCGUGAGCGAACCUACCGUGUACGUGGCGACUACCUAUGCUCAACCGAUCGCCGCCUGGCCGAUCUUGGCAACUCCUCUCGCUCAAUCCUCUCAAUAUCGUAGUCAGAUACAGUCGAACGAAAAACGCGAAUACAAAAUUGCUGCCCGGAUAUUGAUACCGCCAGAGCAUUGUGACGGUACGAGGCGCAGACUAUUACGUAUUUGGAUAAGGAGUAAAUACGGAGCAACUAGCAAUGAACUCAGAGAUAAUGAAGAUCGCGCGUGUAAAGAUCCAUAUAAAUUAUGCACGUCUUUGACUAAAACCGGGGGGAACCACCAUAAACCUCCGCGCGCGCGGCUGAUCCACGGAAUCCUAUAUAAGAGGAUGCGACCGAGAGAGCUUACACUCUCACAUCCGUUACCCGACUCUCACCGGGAUUAUCUUAGACGAACGAAAAAAAGCUGCAAUCGAGGGAGCGGAUCACCAUCACCAUCAGUCACAAUCGAUCGACGGUUCAUCAACGGUCUGAUUCACCCAAGGAUAAUGUUUGCGAUUUUGUGCAGUCUCGUCGUCGGACAAGCCAUCGCUUCGCCAAUUGCCAAUGUCUGGCUGAGUCCGAUACCGGCUCUUUCGCCACUGAGACAGUUUCACAUACAAGACGGAUCGGGAUCUUAUCAGUAUUCCUUCACGGGUCCUCAUCAUGCCAAAACGGAAUCUACUUUGAAUGGUAUAACAAAGGGUGGAUAUUCCUACAUCGAUGCAAAUGGUAUUUUGCAAACGGUCUCAUAUACGGCAGAUGAUCAAAACGGAUUCAGGGUCAGCGCGAGCAACUUGCCGCAACCUCCAAAGAAUGAAUUGCAAACGAUACAAGACACACCAGAAGUGGCCGCGGCGAAAAGAAAUCAUCUCGAGGAAUUGCAGCAAGCCAAUUGGCAGGAUCAAAAUCUCUUGUCGUAUAAAAUCCUGCCGUCGUACUUUAGUUUUGCUCAAAUCCAGCAAGAUGAAAAUAGCAAAACCGAAUCGAACACACGAGAAACGCAAAGUACCAAGAAUCCAUUCUUGCUGUCAAGAUCGGAGGCGGAAAGAAUCGACGUCCCCAAGCCGGAUCCGAGUCUCUCAAAGAUAACGCCUGCAUCUUCGAAUCCCACCACCAUCUCGUCAUCACCCACCUCGGCAACAUUAAAGGAGAGUACGCUUCUCAAGCGCGACCAACAGUCACAAACGUCUUCUAAUCAGAAUGCGUUGCAGCUGGGAAAGUUUGUACCGCUUGCCACCAGUAUUCAGAGACCGGUAGCCAUGCCUACGUCCUACGUACUUCCGGUGGUGCCUUACAGAUUUCUUCAUAGCUCGCUGCAUCACACCCAGGACUCCCUGGGCCAAUAUGAUUACAGUUACACCGGAGACUCGAGCGCCAAAACCGAAUCCAGAUCACUCGACGGUACCACCAGGGGAGCCUAUAGUUACAUCGAUCCCAAUGGAAUUCUUCAGCAGGUGCAUUACAUUGCCGAUCAUAAUGGAUUUAGGGUUUUGGCAACUAAUCUACCCGAAGCGAAAUGAUGCUGUAGGAAUAUCUCGUAGGGCGUAAAAGCGUUUAUUUCCGAAAAAAACGCGAUAUCAUGUGUAUGUCAUGUAUAUAAAUGAGAUGUCAAAACACAUUAAUACCAUACACAAUUUCCAUUUCUGCAUUCUUUUGGAUUUUUCAAAUACUGGACUUUAAUCUCGCAAAAAAAUUCAUUUUUAAAUUUGGGACUUGUAAGAAAAAAAGUAAAAUAUAAUAUUGCGGUAAAUUUCGAGCAAAAAAUUCAUGUUAAAAAAUUCAUUUUAACUAAAUUGUCAUGUAGCUUGCAUAAUUAUUUAAUUGAUCUUAUUUUUAUAUUUACGCGAUUAUUAUAGUCGAAGAGAGUAAAAAAAACGUAUCUUUAGAAAAUUCAUAUAUAAAUGCGUUGUAAUUAGUAUUGGUGUUGGGGAAGAUUUUCAAGAGAAAGUAAUACGUGAAUGCUUCUCGAGUUUGUUCGACAAUUAUUCUCGUAGAAACGUGAAGGAACAGACUUAAUUUGUAUUCGAAUAUCCUCUUAAGACCAACCUUAUUUUUUUUGUAACUUAAGCUUACUACGCUAUGGAUAUUAUUAUCAAGUAAAUUAUUUUACGUUAUUACAGACAUUCUACUUUUCUUAAUACGUCUUGAUAUAUUCUCAAUUAGUCUUGGAAAACAAAAAUAUAUAAUGUCGUAUUUUUAAGAUUGUUAGUAUAUUGCACUCUUAUUGAUCAUAUUUCGUAAAUACAAAUGAAAAAUGCAUCUUCUAUUAUUGUCUCUGUAUAUCGUCCUGCCAUUUUA